AUGGCGUUCAAACCAUUUAAAGUUCGGACUGAUAUAUCAGCAAACAACAACAACAACUAUGAUGUCAUCAAACCCUACAACAGCAUCAACAACAACAAUAACAACAACAUCUCCACAGCAACCAUCUUAACAAUCGUCAUAACGACGACCACACUAUUCAUCCUACUAGUAACAAUCGCAGCGGCCAUAUACAGGUAUAUAACGAAAAGACGCCAAACUCUAUCCAAUCCGGAAAUUAGACUGUCGGCCGCCUUUAGAGAGGGCUUUCUCCGAGAAGACCACGCCCCAAUUAGGAGGUCCACCAACAGCACCACUAUGAUACAACUUCGGCCCUCGAAUAUUUCGGGAACGAAAUCAUCCAGAGCGGAAAAUGAACGAAACCAGGAGCAACAACAGCAAAGACUUAUUAAAGAUUGCGGAACCGGAAGUGGAAACUAUGGCGGAAUUGGGAAUAAUAGUAACAACAAUAAUAGCAUGAAUAACAACAGCGACAAUAAUAAUAAUAAUAAUACUAAUAACAACAAUAAUAAUAACAAUAAGACCAAGGAAUGUCCACGACCCAAUGGGAAAUUUGAGAAGAUGAUGGUUAAGCUAUACAGGGAGAGGAAGAAAAAAUAUAAUAAUAAUAAUAAUAAUAAUAAUAACGGUGUUGAUGAUGCUCUUGUGGAAAAUUCGAUAGACGGAAGAAAUGGGCAACGGAUGAGUGGAGAAAUUAAUGCAUCUCGCAUUCCUAGCAUAAUGAAUAGUUUGUGUGACAAAAAUAAUAAUAAUAAUAUCAAUUAUAAUUAUAAUAUAAAUAAUAAUAAUAACAAGACAUCAAAAGUAAACUUAAGUAUUAGGUACAAUUUUGUCACGGAAACUCUAUCUUUUAACGUACAUAAAGCUUCUAAUAUUAAUAAUCUUUGGCUUAAUAGUAGCAACAACAACAACAACGACAACAUCAUCAACAACAAUAAUAAUGAGAAUAAUUAUAACAGUAUUAACAAUAAUAUUUGUACUAAUCACGAAGACGAUUUCAACAACAACAACAACAUCAACAACAUCAACAACAACAACAUCAACAACAACAUCAACAACAUCAACAACAACAACAUCAACAACAACAGCAUCAACAACAGCAUCAACAACAACAACAUCAACAGUAACAACAUCAACAGCAACAUCAACAACCUCCACAACAACAUCAACAAUGCAAAUGACGCAACCACCCAUGCAUACAUUAAGCUCCAGCUGGUGCUACCUGACCAAUCCACACUGUCUGCCAAAACGCGCAUGAUAAAGAACAACAAUCCAACUUACGACGAAUUAUUUGAAUUCUACAACCUGUCACCCCCUACCAUCUUAGAUGGUAUCGUCUUCAAUCUAUCUAUCUACAAUUGCGAUAGAUUCUCGCAGGAUGAACUCCUGGGGGGUGUCCAGCAUGAUUUGACGAAAACUCUAAUGAGCGAGAGAUGGAACCAGUUUUAUAAUACGACGAAGGCGAAAAAUAAUGAAAGAAUGAAGGUUGAUAAUGACGUCAUAAGAAGUACUACUACUACUACCAAUAAUAAUAAUAAUAAUAAUAAUAAUAAUAAUAAUAAUAAUAAUAAUAAUAAUAAUAAUAAUGACGAUGACGUAAUUGAGACGUGUUUGUCUCUAAAGGUGGAGCCAUUCAAAAGUAGCCAGGCUGGCCGGAUGCUCAUAUCACUAAAGUACAACCAGAUGAGCUCGAUGUUAGAAAUUGGCGUCUUAAAAGGUUCCAUCAUGCUGAAUAAAUGCUCCUCGUCUUUAGAUAAAGAAAAAGCACAUGUGAAUAAUAAUAAUAAUAAUUAUAUGCCAUCUUCUUCAGAUAAACUAAUGGUCUUAACGAGCGUUAAACACGGUGACGAUGAAUUCUAUAGGAAAAUAACAAAAUUGAAGCACAACAACAACAACAACAACAUUAAUAAUAAUAAUAAUAACGACGACGAUGACGUCAUUGUCGUUUUCAACGAAUCAUUUAGCGUUCAACUCCCACGUGACGACGACGAACUGACAAAAGUAUUAAUUCAACGUAGACAAUACAUCAACAACAACAACAACAUUAACAACAGCAACAACAACAACAACAUCAACAAUUUCGUUAAUGGUAGCACUAACAAUAAGACAAUUCACAACUAUUACAAUAACAUCAUAAGCAAGGACACUUCAUUCGGUUUUCAACAACAACAACAUCAACAACAACAACAGCAGCAGCAACAAAUUUCAAAACCAGCUAACGUUCUAAAUUACAUAUUCGACAGCAUGUACCCGCUCAGAAGAUCUUCGCUAUGUUACAUAACAAACAACAACAUCAACAACAACAACAACAUCAUCAAUCACAACAACAUCAUCAAUCACAACAACAUCAACAUUAUUAACAACAACAAUUUUUCAAAACAGAACGUCAGAAAAUCGUUUGACAACAACGUCACCGACGUCGAUAAGAAUUUUUCAAAACAAAUAGUCAGAAAAUCAUUUGAUAGCGCUUCAUCAUUUAUGUCAUCAUCGUCAUUUUCUUCUUCCUCAUCAUUAUCUUCAUGGAUCGAUAAUUUUACGGUAACAUUUUACCUCAUCGACGAGAAAGGUUUGACCGACAAGAGGUAUUACGCCAGAGCCGGUAUAGGAAAAAUAAAAAACAGCCCAUCCCUACUUUUAUCGUUACGUCAUCACCGCGAGGACAACGAUAACUCAGUCCUUAGCAGUAACUAUUGUAUAUCAGCCAGUGAUUCUAACGAUGGCGAAAUAAAUUAUGUUAAUGAGGAUGACGUCAGUCAUUGGAGAGAGGUGAUUGGCCAGCCGAAUAAGAUGAUCGCGAGAUGGCACGAUCUGAUUGGCUGA